UUGGAAAAUGGAUUCAUGUACAAUAUGGCUCAGCUGGAGGAAACAAGAGGCAAGGACAAACUAAACCAGCACAGAGCCAAGAGAACGCGCUGUCCAAGGGACAAGACACGGGUCUUCCCCAAACACGACAAAGACAAAUACGGGCCUGCAGUUUACUAUCCCAAGAUCCACGGUUUCAUCCAAGCAGAAGCCCUCUCUAUGCUGGAGGAAUGAGGAUCGGGCCACGGCAAACCAUCCCUGCGCAGAAUCAAGGGCCGAAUCCACCGCAGCAAGAGCCUGGACAGCAUCGACCUGCUGGACUCCAACAGUGCAGCAAUGGAGGAGACAGUAAUAUGGGAACAGCACACUGUAACUCUACACAGGGCUCCGGGGUUUGGCUUUGGGAUUGCUAUCUCAGGCGGCAGGGAUAACCCUCACUUUCAGAGCGGGGAGACGUCUAUCGUCAUAUCUGAUGUGCUGAAGGGAGGCCCAGCCGAGGGCCUGCUGCAGGAGAAUGACAGAGUGGUGAUGGUCAACGCCGUCUCCAUGGAUAACGUGGAUCACGCGUAUGCAGUGCAGCAACUUCGGAAAAGUGGGAAGAAUGCAAAAAUAACCAUCAGGAGGAAGAGGAAGGUGCAGAUCCCGAUGGGCCGCCCGGGGGAACGCGAGACCAUGUCGGAGCACGACGAGGACGACGACAGCUAUGAAGACGAGAUCUAUGAGGCCCGGAGCGCGCGGAGCGGGCCGAGCGCCUACAGCGGGGGCGGAGCCACGGGCCGGAGGAGCGGCAGGGGCGAGCGGCUGGGCGGGAGGAGGGACCGAGACAGAGAGCGCAGCGGCUCCAGAGAGAGGAGUCUGUCCCCACGCUCGGACCGCCACUCUGUGUCCUCCAACCUCCCUCCGCGCCCAGCCAAGGUCACCCUCGUCAAGUCCCGCAAGAAUGAAGCAGAAUACGGGCUUCGCCUGGCCAGCCACAUCUUCGUAAAGGACAUCCCCGAGAGCCUGGCAGCCCGAGACGGCAACAUACAGGAGGGAGACGUAGUGCUCAAGAUUAAUGGCACGGUGACUGAGAAUCUGUCUCUGAUCGAUGCUAAGAAACUGAUUGAGAGGUCAAAGGGCAAGCUGAAGAUGGUGGUGCAGAGAGACGAGAGGGCGACCCUGCUCAAUAUCCCCGAUCUGGAUGACAGCAUACCUUCAGCUAAUGCCUCUGACAGAGAUGAUAUUUCAGACAUCCACUCCGUGGCCUCCGAUCAUUCCAACCGAUCCCACGACCGGAAGAGGAGCAGCCGCUCUCGUUCUCCGGACCGCCGCUCCGAGCCCUCGGACCACUCCAGACACUCUCCACCACAGAUCAGCAACGGCAGGGCCGCAGGGCCGACGGCUCAGAGAACCCGGCCAGUUCACCGAAGCCGUGAUGAAGACCGGGUCUCAAAAGCUGGACCGCUUCCUGUACCUGCUAAGAUGGUGGAGGAGAUGCCGAAAGAGCAGACGGCAGCCAGAGAAGAGAAACAGCUCCCCCCUCUGCCAGAGCCCAAGCCUGUGUACGCUCAACCCGGCCAGCCCGAUGUGGACCUGCCGGUUAGUCCGGCAGACGCCCCGGUGCCCAGCGUCACGCACGAUGACAGCAUCUUACGGCCGAGCAUGAAGCUGGUGAAGUUUAAGAAGGGCGAGAGCGUGGGGUUGAGACUCGCUGGCGGGAAUGACGUUGGGAUAUUUGUGGCUGGAGUUUUGGAGGACAGUCCUGCUGCUAAAGAGGGCCUGGAGGAGGGAGACCAGAUUCUCAGGGUAAACAAUGUGGAUUUUGCAAACAUCAUCCGUGAGGAGGCAGUGCUGUUUCUGCUGGACCUGCCCAAAGGAGAGGAGGUCACCAUCCUGGCCCAGAAAAAGAAAGAUGUGUAUCGCCGCAUUGUAGAGUCCGACGUAGGUGACUCGUUCUACAUCAGGACCCAUUUUGAGUACGAGAAGGAGUCUCCCUACGGCCUGAGCUUCAAUAAGGGGGAGGUCUUCAGAGUGGUUGACACCCUUUACAACGGCAAACUGGGCUCUUGGCUCGCCAUCCGCAUUGGCAAGAACCACCAGGAGGUGGAACGAGGCAUCAUCCCCAACAAGAAUAGGGCUGAGCAGUUAUCAAGCGUCCAGUAUACUCUCCCAAAGACUCCAGGAGGAGAUCGGGCCGAUUUCUGGAGGUUCAGAGGCCUGCGUAGCUCCAAACGCAACCUGAGGAAGAGCAGAGAGGACCUUUCUGCUCAACCCGUCCAAACAAAGUUCCCUGCUUAUGAAAGAGUGGUGCUUCGAGAAGCUGGUUUCUUGAGGCCGGUGGUCAUUUUUGGGCCUAUUGCGGAUGUUGCAAGAGAGAAGCUGUCCAGAGAGGAGCCUGAACUCUUUGAACUUGCAAAGAGCGAACCCAGAGACGCAGGCACAGACCAGCGCAGCUCUGGAAUCAUCCGUCUCCAUACCAUUAAACAGAUCAUUGACCGGGACAAGCAUGCCGUGCUGGACAUCACCCCCAACGCUGUAGAUCGUCUGAAUUAUGCUCAGUGGUACCCCAUUGUGGUGUUCCUGAAUCCCGACAGCAAGCAGGGUGUCAAGAACAUGAGGACCAGGCUCUGUCCCGAGUCCAGGAAGAGCGCCCGGAAGCUGUAUGAGCGUGCUCUCAAACUGAGAAAGAACAACCAUCACCUUUUCACCACCACCAUCAACUUGAACAACAUGAACGACGGGUGGUACGGCGCUUUGAAAGAGACCAUCCAGCAGCAGCAGAACCAGUUGGUCUGGGUCUCAGAGGGCAAGGCAGAUGGCGCUCCUGACGAUGACCUUGACAUCCACGACGACCGCCUCUCCUACCUCUCGGCGCCGGGCAGUGAGUACAGCAUGUACAGCACCGACAGCCGCCACACUUCCGACUACGAGGACACCGAUACGGAGGGCGGGGCCUACACCGACCAGGAGCUGGAUGAGACUAUGAACGAUGAGGUGGGUCUGCCCAGCGAGCCUGCCAUCACACGCUCGUCCGAACCAGUCCGAGAGGACCCGCCGGUCAUCCAGGACGCGACUGGCUACCCCAGCUACCAGCAUGCUGUGCCGCAACCGGAGCCGGUCAACCGCAUCGACCCGGCCGGGUUUAAGAUGGCAGCGCCUCAGCAGCAAGCAGAGGCCGCUCUGGCCUCGCCGCCCCCUCCCUCCGCAGCGGCAGCAGCGCCCCCUGCUGUCCAACCCACCGCGCCACUAGCGGGUACGAACCCAGAGGAGCCGUCUGGCACCCCUCAGGCCGACUCCCUUAACAGCCCCGUCCCCGUUGCCGACCCCCAGCCCGAACCUGAGCUCGCUCAGCCCCCAACACACGACCCCCACCAGUUGCUUCCUCCUGGCCCAGAUCCAAAGAUGUAUAAGAAGGAUCUGUACAGCGUGGAUGAGUCGGUGCGAGUGAACCACGGCGUGAAGCCUCCCCCUCCCCAGCAGCAGCAGCCUUUAGGCCCCACCUCGCUCUCCUACAGCCACCAGCCCGUGUACCAGGACCAACAGCCAUACCGCCAGUACGAGCACCCGCCUUAUGGCUACGACGGGGGCGGCUACGCACAACCAAAGCCUCACAACUUCGACCCGCACCUGCACUACGACAACCGUGUGCCUCACUACAACGAGCAGUGGCCCGCUUACGACCAGCAGCAGACUUCGCCCCAAGCGCCGCCCGCGUCCGGCUACCCUCAGGCCCACCAGCCUCCUCCUCCUCCUCCUCCGCUGGGCUACGAGCCCCGCUCUCCGUACGAGGACGGCCCGACCAGGGAUUUCAGCCCCCCUCAGUCCCAAUACGAUGGCGUGUCGCCGAUGGGCUACGAUAACCGCCCGCGGCACGCUAAACCCACACCGAAUCGCUACGAAGAGCCGCCUCCUCCUCCUCCGCCAGUCUCCUACGACGCCCGCUCGCCCUUCGAGUCCGACCCGCACGGAUUCCCGGGCGGUGCACAUCGCUCCCCUGAUCCCCCGAAGCAGUAUUACGGGGACGCUGCGUUGAGGCCCUCGUACAACCCGGGAGCGCCGAGCAGGGCGUAUAAAGCGCCGCACGAGCCCAUGAUGAACUCUGAACCCCCCGCUCCGCCUCCCAAACCAGAGGCCGUCUUGUCUCCAGGAGAACCGCCUCACCCCGUGGCUCCCAAACCAUUGCCGCCUCCGCCCAGAGACGACGACGACGACGAUGAAGACCCUGCCAUGAAGCCCCAGUCUGUGCUCAACCGGGUCAAAAUGUUCGAGAACAAGCGCUCCGUGUCUGUUGACCGAGCUAAGGAUACGCCGGAAGUCGCGGGAAUAAGGCCCACAGAUCUCCCAAAACCUGUGAGCACACCUGGUCCUGUGCUUAAAGCCAACUCUCUCAGCAACCUGGAGCAGGAGAAACCCUCUUACAGAGCCCCGGAGCCCCAGAAGCCUCAGCAGCGUGUAGGGGACGACGUGAUCCGCACCAACCACUACGACCCAGAUGAAGAUGAAGAGUAUUACAGGAAGCAGCUGUCGUAUUUUGACCGCCGCAGCUUCGACAACAAGCCCAUGAAUCAGCCCAACACCGGAAUCAACCGCUUCCAUGAGCCGCCCAAACCUCCUCAGCCCCAGAUCGCAUACCCCUUCACCAGGACGGAGUCUGCGGAGAAGGUCAGUCCUGUGGACAAGAGGUACGAGCCCCUGCCGCCCGUCAACCCUUCACCUGCUCCAUACAGCCAGUCCACGCCUGCUGCUCCGCCCACAUCCCUGCCCAAACUCAGCAACAUCGAGGUGAACUCGUUGCCAGAUCCUCACAGCUCUCCCAAAGCCAAACCGGACCUGUCGGCUCUCAGAGCUCCGGGCCGAGACGACCCCAUCCAGACCAGCUACCUGCCCCUCAAGUCUUCUAUCAACGGCACGGACGCCCCUCCCAAAACGCUAGGCGUCCCAACCAGCUACAACCGCUACGUCCCUAAGCCUUACACCAGCUCGGCCAGACCCUUCGAGCGCAAGUUCGAGAGCCCCAAAUUCAACCACAACCUGCUUCCCAACGACACGCAGUCCAAACCCAGCGUCAACAACAACCUGAAACCUCAGAUCUCGCCCCAGCCCCUGGACGCAGACAGCGGCGUCGACACGUUCACCCGCACCAUGGACAACAGGCCCAAGUAUCAGCACAACAACAUCAACGCCCUUCCCAAGGCCGUUCCCAUCAGCCCUAGUGCACUGGAUGACGACGAGGAGGACGAAGGUCACACGGUGGUCGCCACGGCGCGAGGCAUCUUUAAUUGUAACGGUGGGGUGCUGAGCUCCAUAGAGACGGGAGUCAGUAUCAUCAUCCCGCAAGGAGCGAUUCCAGAUAGUGUGGAGCAGGAGAUCUACUUCAAAGUGUGCCGAGACAACAGCAUUCUGCCCCCUCUGGACAAAGAGAAAGGUGAAACUCUGCUCAGUCCUCUGGUGAUGUGCGGCCCUCAUGGUCUGAAGUUCCUGAAGCCCGUGGAACUGCGUCUACCACACUGUGCGUCUAUGACCCCUGAUGGUUGGUCUUUUGCUCUAAAAUCCUCCGACUCCUCGUCGGGUGACCCCAAAUGCUGGCAAAACAAGUGUCUACCAGGAGACCCCAAUUACCUGGUGGGCGCCAACUGUGUGUCCGUGCUGAUCGACCACUUCUGAAGAGAGCAACAGCUGGUCUGUUACUGAACGCAGGCGCCUGGACCCUUCUCCAGUUCUUCUGCUCAGGAGGAGGCAUUUGCACCACUUUAUGAAGUAUUAAUUCUUCCCUCUUUUCUUUGAUGGGCCGAAGCGUUGUUCCCCAAACAAAACAAAACAAAACAAAAAAAAACACCCCUUUGAGAACAGCACUGACGAUGGCACAGUGCUACGGAGCGCUCCUUUUCCAAUUCCCUUAGUUUGGUUUUGCCUUUUACUUUACCUUUUGGUGCUUGAAGACUUGCAAAAAAUUAAUGAAUAAAUACAUUACUGAAAUCGAACUGCUAACGGAAUGCAUGACCUGUGCCACAGACAGUCGGAAAAAGUUCUCCCAUUUUUGACAUUUAGCAGCGUCGUUUUUUCCGAAUAAUUAGAAGUCUGGAACGGAAACCGGGGUGGGUGGGUGGGAAGAAAAAAAAAUGAAGUAGUUUUACGUAAAACAAGUGAAUCCUACCAAUGUGCUCCCAAACAGAAAAGUCCAUGUACGUAGAGCUUUUUUGUUUGCGAGGUCAUGUAUUACUCGUGGAACGCUGUAACGGAUUCCCGCGGCUCUGGAAAGCAUGUUGGUUUGUAGAGAAUGAAGAACUAUUGAACUUUUCGAAGUGAAGAACUGCUCACUGAAGGAAUGUGACUGUUGCACUCAUCUGCUCAUGGACUUCCCUCUGGCUAAAAAUGAAAAAACACACACACAAAAAAAACAAAAACAAAAAAAAUGGGCUCUUUUUCCUCUCUCUCGUUUUGAAGCGAUCUUUUCUAGCGAUGUUUUACCGUAGAUAAACAUUGACUGUGGUUUUCCGAAACUCCUGCUGUCUAGAGAUCUAUGCAUGUGCUAUGACUCAGGUCCAAACGCCUGCUACUAAGUUGAGUACACAAACCUACCCAUCAUACACUGCAAGCAGUGAUGCCUUAUCUGCAUUUUUUUCUUUUUGUUUUUUUUUUUUUUUUUUUUUUUGUUGGUUACUUUGACCCGAAAGACUAGCAAACGUCGAAUUUCUGUUACAGAGGGAAGGACACGAAACUCUCCCACCGUACCGAAGCGGGAUAUUUAGCACACAAAUAAUGAACAGGUCUGCUUUUUCACUGCUAUGCAUAUGAAGUCAAAGAAUAUACAAGAACACUAGGAUAUGUUUCAAUUACAGCUGUAUAUAUUGUGCUAGCAUAUGGCCUUGGUUCGCUGUAAAUGACCUUUUGUACAUCUUUGUUAUUUUGUAUAAAAACGUAACAUGGAAAAAAAAAUUUCGUAAAAAAAAAAAAAAAAAAAAAAAGAGGAAAAACUAUAACAUUGGUAAUGUUUGUAUUCCGGUUAUACUUCUGAGCCUUGGAAUUUACCUUAGCAGUACGGAGGAUAAAAAAAAAAUAUAUAAAAAAAUUACGUAAUAAAUGCAACGAAAAAGGACGUUAUCUUUUAUACCAACAGCAUAUAUACAAAACACUACGUAAUGGCAUUUUUAACAGUUACAGAAACAUUUUUAUUAUUUACAAACUAGAAAAGUGCUCGGUUUAAAUAAUUUAAGGACUCUGUACUUCAGAAGGGUCCGCGUUGGUGGUUGGACCCCGACUUUAUUUGUGAUACUGGAUGCUGUAUUGUGUGCCCUGAAAUGUAUUUUUGUACUAAUAGACAGUUUAUUAAGGCACAUCAGUACGACUUUGUUUUGAUAUGACGACGCAGCUUCAUCCCGGGUUUAGUUUCUUUACUUUUGUGUGGCCACAUUCUUUUUAUUUUCCUCUUCGUUUCUUUGCAGCGCAUUUCUAAGUAUACGACUGUAUUAAUAAAUAAAUUCAUUUUUAAAGUUAAAAA